AUGUGUUCCGAGAAUGGUUUUUAUUCCGAGUUGAUCUUUGACGCCAUGAUCACUGCGUCGUCUGCAGUGUAUGGCUACCCAGCGACUGCAGCCCGUCUUGGCAAUGAACCACCCGGAUGGAUCCCGAAACCGUGGGAUAAGUUCCCGUGGAUCGAAGUCUCAUUCUCGGAACCUGUGUGGUUGGCUAGACUAACGACACAGGCUCCAUCGUCUCUCUCGAUGAACAACACCAUCAUGGAGUUUAAUCUACUCUUAAGGCCGGACGAGAAUGGGCAUUGGAUUAAGCACCAAAUGAUUUUCCAAGCUAACUACUACACCAACAAUAGUGUACAGGAUUUCGACUUCGACAGAUCACUUCUUGCAAAAGAAAUGCGCUUGUAUAUCCGGACUGGUGGAUCAGUCGGGCUACGUCUCGAGCUGUUUGGAUGCAGAGCACCAACGAAUACAGAAUGCUUCAUGAACAGUGACUGUAAUCGUGAUGCGUCUUAUGAUCACGGUCAGUGCGCAUGCGUGGAAGAUAUAUCCACCAUUCUGUCACCGACACCAUCAACCUCGUGCCAAGAAUGCUGGGUACCACUUGGCCUAGAGUCCAAGGCAAUCAAAGAUUUCCAGAUAAGUUCCUCCUCAGAGAGACCGUCCACAGGGGAUCAAACAGGAGUUCGCCUCGGUGGUGAUGACGCUUGGUCUCCUGCAGAUAACGACCCAGCACCCUGGAUAAAGGUGACUUUUAACCAUAGUAUGAGAGUAAUGGGUAUGUCAACGGAAGGGCAGAUACUUUAUUAUUUUGACAAAGACUUCGCACAAGAUGCUACUGUUGAGUACGGUAACAACACCACUAAUCACUCCUACAACAUAGAAGAGGGGGGUCAGAUAAAGGUCUUUGAGUUAAACACAGACGCCACCGAGGUCGUCACACAUAUAUUUCCGUAUUCUAUCAUAACGGACUACAUCACUCUGCACAUUCUGUCACCACCGGCUGACAAGAUAGGUCUGGGUCUCGAGUUAUAUGGAUGCAGCGUUCACAACCAAGAAGAAAGCUGCUGUGGAAAUGUUGGUUGUCAUCAUCCAGUGCGUGAAUGCGUACGGAGAAAAUGUGUGAAUACAACUACAAACUCAACAUCAACUCCGGUUGCUUCAACUUCAACUGGACAACCAACCACCACAAGUCAACCAACCACCACUAACCAACCAACUACUAGCCAACCAACCACUAGUCAACCUACCACAAGUCAACCAACCACCACAAGUCAACCAACCACAAGUCAACCAACCACAAGUCAACCUACCACUACUCAACCAACCACCACUAGUCAACCAACCACCACUAACCAACCAACUACUAGCCAACCAACCACUAGUCAACCUACCACAAGUCAACCAACCACCACAAGUCAACCAACCACAAAUCAACCAACCACAACUCAAUCAACCACUACACACCAACCAUCGACAGUGGCUCAGUCAGUUUGUCCUCAAGUCAAAUCAUUGUCCACCAGCCCCCAAUCCAUUGGCCCUGAUGUUACUCCUCCAUCAUCGAUGUAUUCCGAACCGCCUGACACAUUUUUACAGGAGAUAGCCAGUGGUUUGUCUGAAGAGGAAAUAGCUGAGCUAUGUAGCGCCCUCGCAGGGGGCAGUGGAGCAAACGUGUCGCGCCAUGUCACCCAUGUUGGUCUCCAUGUUCUACAAGAGGCCACAGCAAACAAGAACACACCAAUCCCCCCGUCGAAUCUUGCUACUUCUGUUAAAUUCCUGGAAGCGGUUUCUAAGAUGAACCUUGAUGGGGUUGACUUCAACAGCUCAAAGCACAGUCUAGAGCAAAUGGCAAAUAUUGGGAGCAGCCUGAUGAAUCCUGUGCAUUCUCAAUCGUGGAGUGACGCAAAAAGCAGUGACGCUUUGUCGGGACCGUUUCAAGUCAUUCAGUCUCUGGAGGAGAUGGCCUUCAAAGUCGGACAGAACCUCGGCAAGGACGCGUCGGUAGAAAUCGUCACAGACAACAUCGGAAUCAACCUUUUUGAUAUGGCUGUUGAUGAGCUGCUCAUAUUCGGUUGGAACUGGUCCAGUUCGGAUUCCAUGUUCACGGCUUCAAUUGCUGCGCAGGAGUUCCGCACUAAAAAUUUACCUGCUAAGACGAGAGCCCUUCUUGUGGGUGGUGUGUUUAAGAACGUUGCAGCGUUGUCUCCAGGAGAGGUAGCCAAUAAAGACAUCAAGAAUGCCACAAAUGGAACGCAUCUCCAGCUACAGAGUGACGUAGUAACUGUAUUGGCAUCUACCUCAGGAAAAAUCUCCAUGGCGGUGUCGUUCUCAACUCCCAAAAAUACAACGCUUGUGGAUCUGAAAGCCAAUGAGAAGCCGUCUUUCACGUGUGUGUUUUGGGAUUAUGACGAAAGUGAUCAGUCGUCAGGGAGUGGGAAAUGGUCUGAUUAUGGAUGCUAUCUCGUUGAGGAAGGUGAUGACGCUGAGGAUAUACUCUGUUACUGCAACCACACCACAAACUUUGCUGUCCUCAUGCAGGUCACUGAAAGCACUUUACCGGAAGAGGACAUCCAUACCACCGUACUGAUGGUACUCACCUUUGCCUGCUCUGGUAUCUCCAUUGUGUCUCUCCUUAUUGCAUUGACAGUGUUCCUCUUCCUUGGGUCGUCCAUGGCUUCAGAACGUCUAACCAUUCACACCAACAUGAUGGCUGCUCUACUGAUGGCCAUGAUACUGUUCCUACUGGGUGUAGCAUCAGAACUAACUUUGAUUCCGUGUAAGAUUGUGGCCGUCGUCCUACACUAUCUGUUCCUAGCUACAUUCUGUUGGAUACUAGUGGAGGGGAUUCAUCUCUACAAACAAGUCAUCUCUGUGUUUGAUCAAGGGAAGAGCAAGAUGCCUUUCUACUAUCUCAUCGGAUGGGGUGUACCUGCCGUCAUCGUCGGUAUCGCUUUUGGGUUCAAGUCCAAGCUGUACGGAAGUGGAGAUCAUUGUUGGCUGACCCAAAAAGAUGGUCUGAUAUGGGCUUUUGUUGGACCUCUCAUCGUUGUAGUCACGGUCAACAUGGUUGUACUAAUUAUGGUGGUUGUCGUGGUUACCCGUGCUGCUGCCCUCAAGUGUCAGACCAAUUUUGAGCGUAUCAGAGCGGCCAGUAAGAGCGCCAUGAUGCUGGUUCCUCUCCUUGGUAUAUCCUGGAUUAUCGGACUUUUCAUCCAGUACAGCAUUGUCCUCCGCUAUGCAUUCAUCAUCUUGAACGCCUUGCAGGGUUUCUUCAUGUUCAUCUUCUACUGUGUGAUGAGCUCAGAGGUACGUACAGCCUUCCGUCACGAGUUGAAGAAAAGAGCAGAUCGAAGCAUGGAUGGAAGUAGAAGCGUGGCACCACGAACCAACGCCUGGACAAUAACCGACAAGAAAACUCACAUCCGACUCGUGAAGGUGUCACCCAGUUCCCAAAACUCGGACAGUGCAUAUUAGACCAAGCAUUGUCCGCUCCAUCCAUGGACCAAGAUGGACAAACUCAAUCUGGUCACUAUACAUAAAGUGCAAUAGACGCCAUCUUUACAGGCAAAUUGCAUUCAGGCUUGCAGGCGCGUCAACCGCUCAGUUUUCUAAUGCAACCAUGCUGUUUACUAAACAUCAGCCAACAAAUUUUUGGCAUACUGCUCGUGCUGCACGCCGUUCUUGCGCAAAACGCAAGGCUUCUUGUUUCAAAUUGCCCGUAAAGAUGGCCGAUUUUCGUCAUGUGGGAACUAGCUUAGCCUUGCUCAAGGCAGUCGGUUAUUCACUCCAAAAAAAGACCGCCGCUGUAUAAAA